AUGGCGAGAAUCAUCAUCAACAACAAACCCGGAUUAAGAUUCUAUACCCAAUUUGUACAGAGAUCCAUUAUAUUCCCAUUUACAUCUACCAGAUUGAUCGAAACCCUAGCUUUCGAAGAAAUUCAAUCCCCCUCCCACAAACCCACACCCGAUCAUUCUACGUUUGUUCUUCAUGGAUUAAUCGGUUCCGCCAGAAACUGGAGAUCUUUUUCUCGAAAUUUAGCUUCUUCUCUCUCAGAUUGGAAGAUGGUUCUUGUGGAUUUGAGGAAUCAUGGGCAAUCGGCUGGUGUAUCGGGUUUACACCCGCCUCAUGAUAUAGUUAAUGCUGCUAAUGAUCUUGCUAGCUUGGUUAAAGUUCAUGGUUGGAAGUGGCCUGAUGUUGUUUUGGGUCACUCCAUGGGUAGUAAAGUGGCUUUACAGUUUGCGUUGAGUUGUGCCCGUGGCGAUUAUGGUGGUUCGGCUACGUUGCCUAAACAGGUAUUUUUGUACAAAAGUUUGUAUCGAGUAGCCGACGGAUUAGAAACGUUCAUUAGGUGUUUGCCAACUGGAAUGAUAUAAUUUGAUGUGUUUUACUUGUU